AUGGGUGACAUGGCGUGUCUGUCGCUGUUGAAUCUGGAACCACACCUUCCGGACAUUGUGCUCAAUAUUAGCGGAACGAUGGUUCCACAGAAUCCCCACCAGCGCCCGACGCCCCAACAGAUCCAGCAGUCCGGCUUGCCAGCGUUCAUGGGCCCCGGCCCCGGCGCCCUCGAUUCCUCCUCUUUUUUUGACUCUCCGCAAGCCGCCAAGCAAAUGGCAGCCCUUGCAGUCGCAAACCAGGCAAGGCUCGGAAUAGCUUCUCAAAAUACUCGACUUCCCCCUCAGACGCCCCCUGGCGGAACAAGUUCGGGGUCAUACCUCGGAGCUAUCAACUCUCACAACUUUCCUCAAGGCAGCCAUGACCUUUUGAACUCCUCCGCCAACGGACACGCCAAUUUCCAAAUGAAUAGCAACUACGGCAUCCCACAACGCCCUGGCUCAGCUGCCAACUCGUCCUUCUUGGACCCAACAAUGGCACAGCCCAACAUUCCGCGCAACCAACCUCCCCCCAAUUCAUUGAAGCACCGUCAACAGGGAUUCCUCACCGGACUUGCAAAUGUCUUCGCCAAGCGUGGGCAGCCUCUACCACCUUCGCUCACCGGAAUUGCCUCUCCGAACUACGAUCCUACGACUUCUCCUUGGUCGCUCAUUGAAUCGUCAGAAGUUGGCACAUUCAAACUUGCAGGGAAAGAUGUGAAUUUGUUCAAGCUGUGGGGGCUGGUUUUCCAACAGGGAGGAGGUGCAGCGGUCACCAACAUGAACGGGUGGCAAGCCCUCCUUCCUCAUUUCGACUUACCCGACGAAUUCCCUACUGUGCAAGCCAAUAAUUCGUCAUCGGUAGCGGUCAUGCUUCAUCAAUACUACAUGGCUAUCUUACACCCUUUCGAAAUCAUCUACAAGAAGAACAUGCAAGAUCAGCAGAAGAAGGCUCAUUUACCCCAAGGUGGCCUCUCCGACCAGCAGCAGUUUGGUCGUCCUGCUCCAGGCAUGCCCAACAUGCAACAACCUGGUAUGCGGCCCAUGAACCCAAACAGCCUUAUGUCACAAUCGAUACCACCUGGGAAUGGUUUGGGACAAUAUCCCGAACUAUCUCAGCACCGACCACCUGUUCAAAAUCCGCAUCAAAUGGGAAUGGUUGACACGCACAACUCUAUGGCCCAUUCGGAACUCAAUUCUCUCGGACAUACCGUGGAUUCAAAUCUUUUGGAUCAGGAUAACCAGGGUAUCAAAAGGAAACACGACCAGGACGAUAGAGAUACGAAAAGAGUCAGGCAGAAAACAGAUCCACCAGAUGCCAAUUCGAUGAUAAUAGGGAUGGCGCCUGACGGCGCAGGUGGCACGCAACUGCGACCAAAUUCCCAAACUACUUCCGCUGUACCCGGCCCUGGACGCCGUCUCCAACAGCCGUUACGUCGCAAGAUUGAAUAUGUUCCAUUGGCGCGCGAAGCGGAGACCUACGGCGGACGCGAUUUACAAGCCAUUGAAGCAGAGUGGUCAAAUGCAAUUCCACGAAGACCACUUCGUGAAAUUAACGACUGGGGUGUUGUAGACAUCGACUGCCUGUCAAUGUCUAUCCGCUCACGACUUUCUAUUGAGCUAUCAUACGCUUUGACGACACUCACGGUUCUCUCCACAAUGCGAGGUCAGACGCCCGGAUCCGGUUUCCCUAUAUUCCAGUGUCCAGAUCUCCUCGAUGAUAUUUUGGAUCUAUUGGAGGAAUUGGCAUUCGAUGGCAAACUAGACGUGCUGCCACAUCAAGAGUCAGGGACAACGUCCACGAAGAUCUUCACAAACAGGGAAUUGGCGGCGACUGUUCACGACACUGAAGGUUGUCCGUUCGCUUCGCUCAAGCAACAUCAAGGGGCCAAAGACCCGGAUCUAGGUCCAAAGCAACGUCCUGCAAAUGUUAUACUCGCCGUUGUCAAUAUCCUCCGCAACCUUUCGGUUAUUCCAGAUAACGUCGACUUCAUCUCAAAUCAUCCCCGAAUCCUGGAUAUACUCUUGCGACUAUGCGCCGUGGAACAAAUUGACGACCUCCCUCCCUCCGCCGCAGCUAAGAGUAUCUCACUGGCAGACUUGUUGGUCAUUCGCAGGGAAACCAUGAAUGCUCUUAUGGCCAUUUCGCCUCUCGUCAAUUUCUCCGGCACUACGCCAUCCCUGACCACUCUCCGGAUCGUCAGACGUGCCUUUGACCUCGUCGCAUCAUAUCUUGUUGAUGUAAACGAUGCCCUCCCUCCUCUGGCCAGCGUCCAACUUGCUGGCAUCCCCCCGAAUCCUCACUUGAAACCCCCUGUGUUGGCUGAUGUUGCGCUCGAGGUAUUUACCAAGCUCAGCCAAAAUGACGGAAAUCGACAAACCAUCACCAGGGCAGUUGCGACUGACAGUCUUUGGUUACUGUUGACAAGCCUCGUACACCGUCUGCCCAUUAUCGAUGCAGAUUUUCUUCUAUUACAACGAGAAUAUUGGUUAAGCUUCUUAGAAAAGACCGUCAUGGCUAUCUAUUCCAUCAUCUUCCUGGCACCCUACGAACUCAAGCAGAAGGUGAAGACCGAUCGUAGGUUGGGUUUCAAAAACGUGCUGCUAAGGAUGGCACAGAGGGUUCUUAUGAUGCCAGGUCAUGAGCGGGGGACAUUCUUAGUGCCGGCGCGACGAGCGGUGGAGACAAUUAAACUGCUAGACAAGGCAGAGGACUCUACUGACAAGUCAGAACCUUCCGUGCCUGUCUUGUCAUUUGGAAUGGGCUUUUCGGACGGGUCCGACUCGAAUAUCGAGAAGGGGACUGGGUUACUGGGAGGGAACCGCGAUGUUGCUUGGGAGAUGCUCAUGAUGCGGGAGGUGCUGCAGGACGACGUGCUGUUCAGCGAGUUGGACAGCUUGGUCCGGGUCGAACGCCAGUAG